UGUGACGUAUUUACCGGUUGGGUUUUUAAAUCGAGUGAUCCGCGUAGCAGUAUCCCGACGCUGUGCAGAGAUCUAAACAAACGACUACGCAACAUAUAUCUUCCAACUAUUCCGACCCUGUCAGUGGAUGAAAAAAGAAGCUACUGGGGCUUUAACUUAUCAAACAGAACAGCUGUUGUUGCCUCUAUGCAUUGAUAUGCAGUGGUUGUGAAUGUAAGAAAGAAACCGGCACGUAGAUUGGAUUCUUCGGAUAUGAAGCUGGCAAAUUCCCUGUGUGUUCUUUUGGUUAUCCUGGAAUAUCCCAGUCUCACAUGUGGAGGAUUUUUCUUUCCCUCAGAAGGAGAAAUAACCCCCAUGAACCCACUUGCCUUAGUGAAUGAGGUGUUGCAAUUAAACUGCACCGUGUUCAAAGAUUCCAACUUGAACGUCUCCAUGAUUUUCUGGGAGGACUACAACGAUACCAGAAUUCCAGAGAGCAAUGUGAUUCCUGAUGGGGAACGCACCCUGCUGUUCCGGAAGAACAUCACCAGCGUCAAAGAGGAAGGGAUGUAUAAAUGUAGAAAGCUGGAUGACGAUGGAAAAAGUAUCCUCGUCGGUUUCGCCAAUUUAGUUAUUGAGUAUGAGGCUGUACGUGACGUAACAGAGUUUUCCUGCAUUUUACGUAAGAGUCUGGAUGAGUUCACGUGCAGCUGGAAACUCGGACUGUAUCACCAUCCCUCAUACAUCAACGUCACUGCCAGUGUGUCCCUGGACAAUUCGAAUUUGCAACCUUGUCCAAUGGAUAUGGAAAGUAAAGAGAGUUGCACUAUGAAUUCAAAUGACGGUAACAUCUACUCUAUGACAAGGAUUGCUAUCCUGAACAUAACGAAUAUGCGAUAUAACGUGUAUAGAAAAUUCCGGAAAGACUUCAACACACGAGAUAUUACCAAAUACGAACCCACAAAAUCAAUAGAGGCUGUGAAUCACAACUUUGAGGAUUGCAAAUGUGCGGAUGUUUCAUGGCAAGGAAUUCCCGGAGACGUGGAGACCUCGUCUCGAGUAGCUCUCAAGUCUAAAUGGGAGGUGACAGAUACUUUGAUCGAUGUGGAAAGGAACACUAGUCUAACUGUGUGUGACCUCGUUCCAGCUUCUACUUAUAAAAUAAAGAUUCAAUUAAAACCAAGAGGGGGGAUGUACUACAGCGACAGUAAUCAAACGAGUUUCGUCACGUGUUCUACAGCGCCAUCUAUGGGACCUUCUGUGUACCCCAGUGGAUAUUUCUCUAAUAAAUGCGAGACUACAUCGGCACAUCGUAAAAUCACUGUUUACUGGCAGAGAAUCCCAGGAAGAUAUCAAAAUGGAAAUUUGACGAACUACAAAAUUUCCUCUGGAUCUUUAAAUCGAAUUAUUGGUCCUGAGAACUCAUUCGGAGAAAUACAGAUACCAUGCCAAGACCACAUUGCUAUACAUAUAGAGGGAUGUAACAAUAAAGGCUGUUCGCCCCAGUCAACUAUUACAAUACCACAAGAUGGAGAUGCUACUCCGCCCACCAAACUGGUUAUGGAGCGUCUGAAUGAUUCUGGAGUACAGUUGACUUGGUUCGGUGGAGAGGGUCAAAGGGCUUCUGAUAUAGUUUGGUGUAAAGGGAGACCAACAUCGCUCCAAUGCCAAGAUGAAAUCAAUUUAUUGCGACAAAACGGAAUUGCUAAUUACACAGUACUACAGUCUGGUGAUAUAAAUAAUAUCGCCAUUGAUGAUGUCAUCUUUGGUGUGGCCAUCAUUAAUGACAGGCAACUAAGCAGCGGUAUUGCAUGGCAAGAUCCUUGUCGAUACCAAAGAAAUUUAGUUCCAAGGAAGAUAACCGAUUUAUCGCUUCUAACGGACGCCCCAGAAGAUAGCCUGAUUGUUUCCUGGUUCCCCAUACUCUGUGACACAGUGUCUGUAAACAACGUUUAUAUACACUCCUACAAAAUAAUUUACUGCCAACUGGAUUCCAAUAACAACUGCGUUGACAGAGAAAGUGUAGUGCAAAUAGUAGCUAACAGCAAUACGCAGCACACUCUCAGGGAUCUUCUGGCAGACGUUAAUUAUGGUGUUUGGGUACAGGCUGUGUCACUAACAACUGAGGGACCCAAGAGUAAUAUGGUGUCUGGACGGCCAAUCAACAAUGACCUAUCCAGUGGUGUUGUAGCAGGGAUUACUGUAGCGGGAAUAUUUGUCUUCAUACUUGUAUUGGCGGGUGGAGUUUGUAUUCUGAGAAAUGCACGACGGAAACUUGGUCUUGGGGAAACGUUCCCGAUACACAUACCUGAAUUAGAGUCCAAGCAUCCUUAUAUGCACUGUGGAACAAACCCCAGUGCACCAUCGAAUGGUUACAUAUGUCCCAUAAUCACGUCAAAUGGAACAAAAGAAUCAUCACAGUCAGUACAAUCUCAGAAUGACCAUUCCAUUAAUUCUCAUGAGUGGUUACUCCAACACCUCACUGCUGGUUAUCAGGGUAAACAGUCGCAUCCUGAAGGUCCUCUUCUGAAAAUGACUGCAAUUUCCACUCAGAUGGACCAGGGCAGGGAGAGAGACGAUAGAAGUAUGUCUCCAACCGAUACAUCGGAAGUCAAGGAGGAAAAGGAAAUUAAAAAGAUGAAACCAAAAGACGUGUUACCCCCGGGUUACACGAAAGCAUCUACAGUGGCUACCACAUGUGUUCACGAAGUCGAAAGAUUAUCAAAUGAUCGAAGAAUUGAUUCCAAUUCAAAGGAAACCACGGCAUCAUUGGGGGAAAACACAAAUGAAAGGGAAACAAGUCAUACAAUAUUUCAAGGAGGAAAUCCGGAAGAGAUGACAUUGAAAUCCCAGAAUACAAUACACAAUACGCCCUUAGACUAUCGAGCACUUAAUGAUGGAAGUUAUGUAAUUCACGAUGGCAGUGAUCCGUCAGAGGAGAAACAACACUUUAUUAAUGAUCCAAGUAGCAGACAUCCAACUAUGGAUUCCCAAAAUCUCGCUGAAAACAAUCUUCAGAAUGUGGAGGAACAAUGUAGCUCCAUUUCGAAUACUGAUAACUUGACUUCUAACGAUGAAACACGUGUGGUUAGUCAAUGGCCUCCUAAUAACCGCGACGACUAUGUUGGGAUGGAUUUUUGUACAAAUGGUAACAUCCCUGUUAUCGCAGACACUAAUUUAGAUAACUCUAUACGGUGUGUUUCGCACGAUUCUUCCGCCGGUGAUAAACAGUCAACUGAUGAGCGUUCUAUAACUGUGGAAAUGUGCUAUGAUUACGUCUGAUGACGUCACCACUGACAGGAAGUUGUCUUUAGACAACAGAGUUACACAAACCACCUACCACUCAUUACAAGAAACACUUUCCAUAGUAUGAUGAACAAUCCGGAAUACAGGUAUUCGGGUACUAUGGGUGGUACCGGUAAUAGUCAGUCCAGAAAACAUAUUGAAUGUCCAUCAAAAUGUUACAUAAUUAACUUGUUUCAGUCGCAAAGAAGGUAAAGAUCUUGACUCAUAAGAUUGAUAAAUGUGACCAGCCUCAUAAUCAAUUCCAUUUGCAUAGUAUAUGAAAGCGGAUUUUGAAAAUGAUCCAUUCAAAAGUGAAAAAAAAAAUUCCGAGAUACAGUGAAAUCAUUAUUGUCUGUUGGGGAUCAAUGUUUGUGGAUUUCGUGUGUCACCUAUUAUUGUCUGUUGGGGAUCAAUGUUUGUGGAUUUCGUGUGUCACCUUUACCCAUCCGCACAAACAUUGAUGCACAAUUAUAAGGAGUUUUUCAAAACUAGUAAAGUUUUAUCCCAUCCGCAUCUAUAGGUAUCUAUAAACAACGGUAUAAUUCCUAAUAAAAAGAAUUAUAUUGAUUUAGUUGUUAUUAUAACAUAUAUAGAAUGUAAAUACCGGCGGUGUCUCAACAUAAUUGCCGCCCACCAGGGCAGGUCACGCUUUUAAAUGUGUCAGUUUGCUGAUCAAUUGUCCAUGAGUGUUAAUUAGCCUGAAUGGAUUUAGCAUAGAAAAUUAUAUCCAUGGAAUUAAGUCCUCGCGAAUCAGUAAGUUUAGUACCCCUAAGCAUUGACCCCACGAACAAUGAUGAUAUCACGAGUACUGUAGUUUCUUAUUGGCGUAUAUACAUAUAACGAUGGACGGGAGUUUGAUCUCUAUAUACUAGUACUGCAUGUAGCAACAGAAGUGAGAUUCACGUGAUAUGUUUUAAGUGAAUUACUUGACAUCCUCUGAUGUAAAAUAUCGGAUGUGUGGUUUUUUUUUUAUCGUAAUUUGAUCGUGUCUGUCUGCCGUUUGAUUACUUUUCGUAGUAUUCCCCUGACCCACGGUAUCAAAACCAAUCUAGUAUCAACCACUACUGGUUGGAUAACUAAAUCCUUCCAAAAUGAAAGCCAUUGAUACCUAGUAAUAAUUCUUCUCGAGAACAAUACAUCAGUUUGUCAACAUUAUAUUGAGUACCAUUCCGUAGUAUGUAUUCAACGUUGUUCACAUUAUGGCCCCGGAACCAGAUAACAUCAAACAAGUGGCCAUGUUUUACAAAGAGAUUACAUCUUCUAACCCAAAACAGACUGACCCGGGUGAGCACUGUAGCUCGUAGACAUCUUAUUGUCUUGUGUUACAUUUCCAAUAUUACUAGUGCUUGUGUUAUUGUACAGUCUAAACUGCUAACUUCUCGACAUAUUUUUUGUUGUUUGACACCCCAUCUGAUAACCUUUCACUUAUACAAGGGCGUUCAUAAACAUUCAUGACAAGAAUUGUUAAAUCCAUAUAUAACAAAUUCAUCGAGCAUGGUUUGUAUAUUUCUACUGAUACAUUGUAUGCGACCAUUCAUUGUAACAAGUAUAUUAUACAUGCAUUAUGAAUAUACAAAGAUACUAGUGAAACAGUUAAGGAAUUUACAUUAAUAUAUUGUAAAUAGUAUAUUCCUUUUAUUCUAUGUCGAGUGGCGGAUUUUUUGUUUUAUUGUCGUCGCACUUACCUGUACUGUAGCUUGUUCUCUCCAUUACUGUGUGUUUUAUGCAACUUUGAAAUAUAUGUACAAGGAUCGCAUUUAUAUUUGUCAUUGAAUGUUGUAUGAAAAUAAAAAUAAAAGAUAAA